AUGGUUUUUUUGGAGUGUGCUCCUUCUAUUCUGCAGAAGGAUGUAAAAGGUAAAUCAACCAAGCAUACCCUGAGGGAUGACGAUGAUGAAGAAGAUGAAUUCCCAAGUGUACGGCCUGGUUCUAUGAAACCGAUUAAUAUCUCGAUGCCUCAUGUGAAGUCUCUCGACAAUAAUACCAAGGUGGCUGUCACAGCAAUCUUACCGGACGAUGAACACCUGUUGGAUGAUACCGAUUUUGCAUUUGAUGAUGAUGUCCCGGACGAAACCGUAGAAAACUUACUCGCAGCAAUCAGUGAUGGCAAGAAAUUUUCUAGGAAGACAUGGAAUGGCGGUGAAAGUGCAAGUCUUCUUCAAAACCAGCCAAAUGCACCAGCGUCAUCGUCUCGGAACACAUCUUCUGAUGUGGAUUUAGAUCUUGCUGCUUCUUCCAUGCUUGAAAAGGUUGUACGUGAGACCGAGUUUGUAUUAUCAGAGAUUAAAAGUCUUCGUACCGAGUUUGUUGACCUUCGUUCCGAAGUAUCUUCCACUUUGAGUACCUUUAAGGAUUAUAUUCGGAGCCAACAGGAUCCUUCGCCUAAAGUUCGAGAACCUGCUAAGCGACCGCUUGGCCGUAGGGUCAAGUCCAUUCCACUAAGAGCCAAGCACGUACGAUUUCAACAGGUUUCUUCGUCCGAGGAGUCCAAGUCCUCAGAUCCAUCAAAAGAAGAUGACGGCGAUGACGGUACAAAGAACAAGGAUUCAAGCAGUCCUUCUACCGAAAGUGACGACGUUGUGGAUACCAAUGUCGGUGAUGUUGUUGAAAUUUACGAUGGUGAUGCCUAUGAAGAUAGAAGGGAACCUGACGCUGAGGGAUCUGGAGAUGUUGGCGAAGUAGGUAGACAAAUGCCAGUUGACGUUGAUGAUGUCCAAGACGCUGCUACACUCGCGAGCAACCAGAUUGCGAGUGUGCUGUCUGAUUUAUCAGACCAAGUACAGGUUAAUGUAGAGCCGUCAAUAAUCCAGCCUGUUCCAUCACCACCACCAUAUGUUGUACAGCCGAGGGACCAAACCGGUGCCGAUAAAGAUGUCCCACCUGUUGUUACCAACGAAGAAACCGAUGCUGCUGAAGAUGUCCCACCUGUUGUUACCAACGACAGAACCGAUGCUGCUAAAGAGGUUUCACCUGUUGACACGAACGACCAAACCGGCCCACAGGAAGAUGUGACACCUGUUCAGACCAACGACCAAACAGUCCCCCAGAAAGAAGUAGCACCAGAACCCCAGAUCAUGCUGGAGACCCAACACACUAUUCCUGAAUCUGCGAUCUCAGCCGGCACACAGAUGGAAACGGGAUUGGGAGAUGAUGUCCCAAAUGCCCAGAAAGAGAUCGAAAUUCCAGCAGGCGUUGAUCCUCCUGUGUGGUCACUGGGUCUUAAACAGGAAGAGAAAAAUAUGGCCCAAACAUCUAAGACUGGAGUUAACACUGGGUCCUUUGCAACGCUUGUUAUCUGUAAGACUUUUCCUAGUUGGAAUGGGAUUGUCCUCUCUGUCAACAUUUUGAAAGAAAUUGUUGACCUGAAAUUCACGAUCUCCGUGAUGUCUAUCGACAGCAUUAUUAGGUUAUUCCGUCAUCAACUGGCGGAAUUGAACGACGAUCGGUGCACUUAUGACUUUGUCGAGUACACGUUCCUUCACGGCAUCGCUGAACUCCUUCCGCAUUUCACAAAUCCCCCGAAGAAGAAACUUGUCUCACUCCCUCCUGGUUCAGCUGCAUACGUCAAAGCCAGGCGCUCAUGGUACACUCAGGUUGCGCGGAUUUAUUGCCCUUUUCAAGUGGAUGACCGAUACUGGGUGGGGCUUUGCAUCGAUUUUGAAAGCCACGAGAUUCUGAUAGUUAACUAUUUUUCUGCACGACCAGGUCAUUUGGGUGUGCUGGCACUCAUGUCUAUUCAGUUUCAUGCUGCAAAUGUGCCUCUGGACAAUGAUGUGGGUGAUGAUGUUGUUCGUGACGCUUCCCUGAAGUUUGCUUAUGAUCUCCUAUGUUUGAUUGAACCGCCUUCUCUAGCUAAUGCCGUAAUUCCAAAGGACCCUGCGUCUUGA